AUGGAACAGCUCCAGCUGCGGCGUGUCUUUCUGCUGGUCCUGCUGGCCCUGCACCAGUGUCUGUCCAUGCCGCUGGGCAGUCAAUGUGUGGACGAGUCCUUCUGCACAUACAGCCUGCAGGACUACUACAGCCAGCUGGUCAACCUGCCCAGCCGUAUCAACGAGCGCAGCAUCGCAACCUGGACCUACGUAGAGAACAUCGACCUGAACCGAGUCCCUCAGGUCAUCCACGAGGCCAGCUGCCACACCAGCCACUCCUGCAGGGGGCUGGACACCGCGUUCGGCCUGGAGUCCAUCCCCGUGUCUCUGAGGAUGCCCGUCCUCAGGAAAAACCCCAGCUGCUUCCCCACGGCCAGCUACUCUCUGGAGUUUGAGCUCAUCACCAUAGCUUGUAUAUGUGCUAUCUCCAGGCACAGCUAAACAGGACUGACCCGGCGCUCGCAUGUCGACCCAGGAGGAGCACAGAGGAGAAGAAGAAGAAAACCUCAUCCACUCCACUCAUUGUAAUUGUUCUCCACUAGUCCAGUAACCAGCGUUAGAAGAGUCAUCCUCACCACAUGCCUGUCAGCUGGCUCUCACAGCUUCUAAAGAUAUCUCACACCCACUGGUAUACGUGUUGUGGCAGUGUGCUGUCUUUACAGUCCUUCAUUAUAAAUAAAGAAUGUAACAGAUAAUAAA